AUGGCAGGAAAUUCCAUCCGAAACAAAUUCGAUUCAAGCAAGGGGCCCCAGACGGAGGCCCCUCAGUCAGUCAAAACUAGGAUGCUGAAAUGGGGAUCCCAACUUGGUGUAGAGAAGCAGGGGAGCGAUAGUUCCUCAGAGGUUAUCAGGGCUGGUAAAUCAGUUUCUGAUGGCCCUAAAAAGGACCCAAACAGUUCUCACCAGGCCGAACCGGACCAGGCCUACCUGACCAUGGGCCUGGUAAUCCUGAAAUGUCAUCCAUCUGGCCGGCACAAGGUAGGAGUGAUCUACCCGGGUCAACCGCCGAGUGCCGAACCAUCUUGGAGGGAUUACAGGCCGGGGGGCUGCUGCCUUUGUCACGUCGAAGUGUUCACCCUCCUCUGGGAGGGUGAGAGAAGGUUUAGGAAUUUGAGAAGUGAUCAUCAAGAACCUGAUAAGGAUGAAGGAGUCGAGUUGGCUGGAGCCUGCAGAGUCUCAUUCUGCUCCCAAUGCUGGGAGAAGUUUGGAGCUCAAACUCUCGCGACCAGACAGGACUCUCACGAGGAUCCCUGCAGGUGCCGGGCAGCAUCCGUACUGUGGGUUUCGGAUCUGCUCCCCGAAUGGGACGCCCAGGCUGGAACUGGCUGGCCUGCUGGCUCACAGACACUGGAAUAG